AUGAGGGCCGGGGCAAAAAAGUCCUCUGGUUUUACAUCUCCAGAUGCAGAGUUUGCACAAAAUUCAGGGGAAUGUAUCACGUAUGAGCUUCGCAGCUCAGUGUCCUACGAGGAUUGUCAAAAAAUGGUUCAAAGUGUUUUUGAUUCAAAUAUUUACAAAUUAGAAAUAUCACAAUAUAUGAACUUGAAAUAUCCUACAAGUUCAUAUAUUGUGAUAUUUCUAAUUUGUAAAUAUUUGAAUCAAAAACACUCUGAAUUUGUUGAGAUGUAUUAUUUUAAAUUUUAUUUUCAGAUCAUCCCAAAUUUCCACCCGCCAUUGGCUGAUAAGAUACGAAGUGGAGUUUGUAAUUCACUAAAACAGAUCCUUGAGAAAAGAGUUGUACAGUCACUUGAACCACUUUUUGACAAUCCUCGUAUGGACACUGAGCUGCGAAAGCUCAUACGUGAUACAUUCCCUGAAUUUUGUGCAAACUCUGCAUCUGGAGAUGUAAAACCAGAGGACUUUGUUGCCCCGGUCUCAUCAGCAAAUGUCACCAGAAUGGACCUCAUGGUUGAGACUGGUCUGGACUUUACAACAUCAUCAGUGAACAGUGACAAUGAUGUUAAUAAUAGUAACCACAUUGGUGAGGACGAAGCAAUGUUCAGUGAUGAAGAGGAAGAGCCUCCCACGUCUAAAACCCCUCCACCGCCACCAACCGCCAAAGUCAAAGUGGAAGAAAAUGUUGUUGCUGUUCCAGUGACCGAAGGGGUGGAGAUGAAAGCCAAAGUUAAUGAUGUGAAUAGUGUGGAGGAAAAAGUGGACAUAAGUAAACACUUGGAAUUUCUGGAUAGUGAAUUGAGGAACAUUCUUGUGGAGUUGCAGAAUGAGAAGGACCCUCAGCCGAGAUGCGACCAGCUUCAGAAGGUGUGCAACCAUCUCUUAAGUGAGGACCUAGCUCAGGAUGAGUUAUCAAAUUUAGCAGCAUGCCUGUGUCACCUCUUGCACGACGACCUGCAUCCUGGCUGUUCACUCCUGCCUCAAGACAUCAGCCCAGAGGGUAUUCAGGAAAGCCUCGGGCGACCUCUGUACGUCCUCUUUGACAACCUUGUCAUUCUUCCUGAGGAUGAUCGUCGAAGACAGCCUCAGCUGCAGUUACUGGUAGAGAUGCACAAGAUUUCACAGCAAGUUGGCUAUCACUUCCUGUACUUCCUCAAAUCAUCAAACAUCAAAACAGAGAAAGUCCAAGAAAAUAAUGAACGUUAUUUCCUCAUCUACCGUGACCUGUACAAAGCAGCGGGCCUGAAGGACUUUGCAGGAUUCAUAAUCAGAGACCUGCGGCUGUGUAGCGAGGAAGAUCCUAGAGUGCUAAGCUGGAUUAUACCUGAUAUAUACAAUAGCUUUACCAAACAGACAAUGGGAAAUGCUGAGCUGUUACAGUUAGUGUUAGAGAGACUAGACUCAUCACAGUUACACGAUUUAGUGUGCAUGGUCCUGCAAGGAUCCUUGCAAAUGUUUGACAACAAUUCUUUUGCAGCAAUUUNAGAAAAAAGUUUGCAGUGGGAGACGGUAGAACAACUCUUUUUGUGGCAACUCGCCAAGGCUCAUGAGAUCCCUGUCGACUGUUGCUUGUCUGUGAUGCCGAAGCUCAAGUUUACCUCACAUUCUGCUGUUGUCACGAACACCCAUGGGGAGGCACUUUCUAAUAUCCUCAUGAUGCUACGAAGAGAAUCUCCAUCAGAGGUCCUGCUAAGAACACUGCUUCAAAGAGAAUGCAGGCUGGAGGACCCAACAGUGGCUACCAUCCUGCAGUAUUGGGUUCAACGCUAUGAAGACAAGAUGGCAAAGCUUAUCAAUGAUGUUGUCAACAACAAACCGCAGCCAUCACCAAACAAACGGAAACGUAACCAAAGUACAAAAGCCAGUGCAGUCCCAUUGGACCAAGUGUUAUCACAUUUGAACCAUUUGCGGACAGCAUGCGGUCAAACAACAUUUUUUGCAUUAACUACCAUGCAGGACACACUGCAAACAGCCCAAAAUCAGUGUACUGAAACGCAGAAGAAAAAAUAUUGUGAUUUGUUUGCCCUUAUUGAAGAAGAGGAAGAGGAAGAGCCGGAGCCUGAACCUCAAAGAAAAACCAAGUCUAAUCGAGGUAGAAAGCCAAAGGGACGGAAGAAACAGGAAUCGGAAAGUGAAGAAGAGAGUAGUGAGGCAAGUCUCCAGAUAGAGGAAGAUGUCAAAAAGCCAGCAAGAAAACGAAAGAAGAAUAACCAAGUGGGCUCGGACAGUGACUAGCCAGGGUCACCACGGGACCACAGCCCCUCCCCCCCCCUCGGGAACAAAACCAAGCA